GAACUAGUCAGCCCAACGUGCAGAGUAGCUCAGCCUUGUAUAGCGGCUGGUACCACAGCGCUUUCAAGAGCAUCGCACUCCAUGUGCGUUGCGUGGAUGUUGAAAUUGCGCUGUGCAGCUUGUUACCGCGGCAAGAACUCAACAUGUCGAACCCUCCCAACGACCCGUUCUAUUCCUCCCCAUUCGGACCCUUCUACAGAAGGCACUCGCCCUACAUGGUCCAACCCGAGUAUAGGAUCUACGAGAUGAACAAACGACUACAAUCUCGUACAGAGGAGAGUGACAGUCUGUGGUGGGAUGCGUUUGCCACGGAGUUCUUUGAGGAGGACGCCACCCUGACCCUCUCCUUCUGCCUGGAGGAUGGACCAAAGAGAUACACUAUCGGACGAACGCUCAUCCCGCGCUACUUCAGCACCGUGUUUGAGGGCGGAGUCACUGACCUGUACUACAUCCUCAAACACUCCAAGGAGUCUUUCCACAACUCCUGCAUCACUGUGGACUGUGAUCAGUGCACCAUGGUCACCCAGUAUGGGAAACCAAUGUUUACAAAGGUAUGCACAGAGGGCAGACUGAUUCUUGAAUUUGCCUUUGAUGACCUCAUGAGGAUCAAGACCUGGCACUUCACCAUCCGGCAAUACCGAGAACUCAUCCCCCGCAGCAUCCUGGCCAUGCACGCACAAGACCCCCAGGUUCUGGAACAGCUCUCCAAAAACAUCACCCGCAUGGGGCUGACCAACUUCACCCUCAACUACCUCAGGCUGUGUGUCAUCCUGGAGCCCAUGCAGGAGCUCAUGUCCAGGCACAAGACCUACAACCUCAGCCCUAGGGACUGUCUGAAGACAUGCCUGUUCCAGAAGUGGCAGAGAAUGGUGGCCCCGCCAGCUGGACACCCACAGAAUUUCAAAACGGAAAUAUUCCCCACAAAUCACAAAAAAGGUCGUGCCAAAGCUGAGCCAACAAGACAGACGACGACGAAGAGGAGGAAAAGGAAGAACUCUGCCAGCAGUGCCAACAGCAGCGUGGGCAAUGCCAACAGUAAGAAGAGAAGCCCUGCCAGCAACUUCAGCCUUUCCAGUCAGGUACCUGACGUGAUGGUGGUUGGUGAGCCCACCCUGAUGGGCGGGGAGUUCGGGGACGAGGACGAGCGUCUGAUCACACGUCUGGAGAACACGCAGUACGACGCCACCAACGGAUUGGACGACGAGGAUGACUUCAACGGCUCGCCAUCGCUCGGCAACAACAGCCCGUGGGGCAGCAAGCCGCUCAACAACCAGGACAGCAAGGCCGAGAGCACAGCGCCUCAGUCGUCACAGUAGAACACACAGAGACCAAGGCCACCGAGAGCACAGUCAGUGCCCCCACCUUCAUAUGUCAGCUUAGCUGACAUUUAACUUCAAUGGUUGAAUGUUACUAUUUUGGACAUAUUCUAAUGAGACCAUGUUGCCCUCACAGUAAAACAAAGAGGGAAAAUAAUUAUUAAAAAACUGUACCUUUUUGGCACAGUAGGGCGGCGCCCUCUAAAACCUCACAUUGUACUGAAUUGAACCCUGUUGGCAAUUUUUUUCACGUCGUGGUCAACGGUGUCACUGUCACUCAUCAUGAUCGAUCAUCUCCACCAAAUAUCAGAACAAUUGUUCUCCGACUUCACUGUAACAUCGAGGAGCGAGACAGAGAACUGAAUAACAUUGCACAGCAAUAUCCAUAUGAAUAACACUGCUUUUUCACCUAAAUACAUACAGGUUGUAUGCAUUGCAAUGAUGACGUAAACAAUACUGGGUUUUCUUUUUCAAUUUUUCCUAGAAUUCCUCUGUUUGGAUUUGGUGGGAAUUCACAGUGUUAGGAGAGUUGGGAUAGCUCUGGGAAUGACAAUGCAGGUGUUCAUAUGAAUUGUCCCUCUUGGACACCUUCUCAGUCCUUGAGCUUUAACUGUAGUGCGAUUCUGUGGUUGUUGCCCUUUUGACCUUUGAUUUGCACGUUGCAACACCUCUGGGACAGUUGACAAGGGGAAGUCAAAACAAAACAUCAAAAACAAAAUGGCUCCUUUAAGGGCAUCAGCCUCAAUCAGAACUAACCGGCAAGGUUUAUACUCAGCCCAUAUAGAGCUACCAAACUGCAUCCGCGAUGGCCGAGACGUCGCCGUCUUGAGCUUUUGCCUUUUUAUUGAAAAUUAAUUUGGCUGUUGGUUUGUUUACAGUUGUUUUUUGUUGGAUUUUCAAUGAAAAGGAAAGUGACUCUGUUUCACCUUUAAGGACAGCUUCAAGUGGGGAGACACGUGUUUCAUGAUUACUUUUCCAGAAUUACUGCAUCAGCGCCAAUUGUUAUUUCAUGCAAACCUGUUUGAUUGUGUUUGUAGUCUAUUGGUGUUCUUUUGCUUCUCCCCAAAAUACUUUACAAUCAUGUUUGUACUUUGCCAAUCAGUAGGCCUUUCACAUUUGGAAUUUGUUCUUUCCCUUUAAAUGACCUACUCCCAAACUGAUGUUUAAAGUUUUUUCCUGCAUGAUUUAGUUUUGUUUGUUUGAUAUACAGUACCAGUCAAACGUUUGGACA